GUGCUAGCAGAGGGUAAUGUUUGGAAAACUUUCUAGUUAUUCAUCAGCACAGACUCUGGUUUUUUUCCACCUUUCCCCAACGGUUUUGGACAUGCAAGGAUUAAGAAGGAUACUGACUGCUUUCACACUGGCUGUCUGCCUUUCAAGCCCUGGAAAAGCACAGCAGCAAUGCACUAAUGGGUUUGACCUGGACCGUACCUCUGGGCAAUGCUUAGAUAUUGAUGAAUGUCGGACUAUUCCUGAGGCCUGCAGAGGAGACAUGGUGUGUGUCAACCAGAAUGGUGGCUAUUUAUGUGUCCCCCGAACAAACCCAGUGUAUCGAUCACCGUAUCUCAGUCCUUAUUCCAAUGUUUAUCCACCGCCCCCAGCACCAGGCCCUGUUCCUAACUACCCUACUGUUACAAGACCUAUGAUUUGCAGAUUUGGUUUCCAGUUGGAUGAAAACAAUCAGUGUGCUGAUAUAGAUGAAUGCGCUUCAGAUUCUCACCAGUGUAACCCCACCCAGAUCUGCAUAAAUACUGAGGGGGGCUAUACCUGUUCCUGCACUGAAGGCUACUGGCUGCUAGAGGGCCAGUGUUUAGAUAUAGAUGAAUGUCGCUACGGCUACUGCCAGCAGCUGUGUGCCAACGUGCCCGGCUCCUACUCCUGCACGUGCAACCCAGGCUUUACCCUUAAUGACGAUGGGAGAUCGUGCCAAGAUGUGAAUGAAUGUACAAGUGAAAACCCUUGCACUCAGACCUGCGUCAACACCUACGGCUCUUUUCUCUGCCGCUGUGAACCUGGCUAUGAACUGGAAGCUGAUGGAGUUAACUGCAGUGACAUGGACGAAUGCAGCUUCUCAGAGUUCCUCUGCCAGCACGAAUGUGUGAACGGGCCUGGUUCUUACUACUGCACCUGUCCUUCAGGCUAUAACUUGCUUGACGACAGUAGAAGCUGCCAAGAUAUCAAUGAAUGUGAAAUAAGAAACUUCACCUGCACUUCACAGCAGACAUGUUUCAAUAUCCCAGGAGAAUAUAAAUGUUUAGACCCAGUACGAUGCGAGGAGCCUUAUCUGCAGAUUAAUGAGAACCGCUGCAUGUGUCCAGCUGAAAACCCUGGGUGCAGAGAUCAGCCGUUCACCAUCCUGUACAGAGUGAUGGAUAUGGUGUCUGGGAGGUCUGUGCCUUCAGACAUUUUUCAGAUGCAAGCAACAACUCGCUACCCUGGAGCCUAUUACAUCUUCCAAAUCAAAUCAGGGAACGAGGGCAGGGAAUUCUACAUGCGGCAAACAGGACCAAUCAGUGCUACUCUGGUGAUGACCCGCCCCGUGAAGGGGCCCCGCACCAUUGAGUUGGACUUGGAAAUGAUCACUGUUAACACUGUCAUCAACUUCAGAGGAAGCUCUGUCAUCCGGCUGAGGAUAUUCGUAUCACAGUACUCCUUCUAAACCUCCAGUUUGUGCCCUGGAAGCAUUCAUCCAAAAGAGACAGUUCCUCCUGUGCAGAGCUCUCUCCUCAAAAGCCAGUACCUAUAGCAGCUCCAGACCAAAUCACUAUUUCCACAAACCCGGUGACCUAUGCUUGUCUGAGCAGGGAGGCCUCUUCAUGCACAGUCCUGACCAGGAUGCAAACAUCUGAAGAUCCCAUAUGAUUCUCUAUGUGGUCAUGUAUUUUAAGGACUCUUCUUCUCACUGUAAACACUUCUAGGGCAUGAGUCUAUGUGAAAGACUGUGAACCUUUGUAGCUCCAAGGCUGCUUAGCAGAAAGCACCAAAAAAAACUGAGGAAAAAGCUGGCUUUUGCAAUCUUGCCUUUAAAAAAAAUGUUUUCAUUAUAAAUGAAAAACAGACAAGCAGAAACAGAAAUAAAAAACCCACCUAUUGAAACAAGGGACCUCAGAAGUCCUAAUUUGCAUUCCAAAUUAUCUCUGGAAUUAUCAGUCAGGCACUUUGUUUCAAUUCACCCUGCAUUUGUCUUAGUUUCACCUGGUUUUUCAUUCUAUUUUAUAGUUGAAAUUAUUUGUA